AGACGCAUUGUCGACGAUGGCGUUAAGGAAAACGGAUUCAGCAUUAUCACAGAGAACAGGACUUACCACAUAAUUGCAGAAAACACAAACGACUGGAAGUGAGUAGCACUGCCGUUCAACCUCUCCACAACGGUCACCUUUGGGACAGAAAAAAGUGACCGCUGUAAAGAGGUGGCCGUUGUAGAGAAGUUCAAAUGAGAGUCAAUGUAUGUACUGUCCGCCAAAAAACGUGGCCGUUGUAGAGAGGUGGCCGUUAGGGGAGGCUCGGCUGUACUUUAGUUUGAAAAUUACCGGUACACAUUCCCAUGGGCUUUGUAAGGUUAUCACUGAGAAAUGGGUUUCUUUUCUGUGUAUUUGUCCUUGUUCGUUGUUUGUGACGAGCGCUAUAAGAAGUUACAAUUUGCUGUUUAAAGAUUUGUCGUAGGACUUAGUUGCAGGGGGAUCCUCAUGAAUUGAAAGAUGUCUCAUUUCAAAAGCUGAACCCCGAUGAAACGAAGUGCAAGAGGGGUGGAAAAAUCGUUUGCUGUAACAGGACUCAUUGUUUUAAAUUCUGAGAGCAAUGAGCGACACUUGAAAACUACACUUGUAAAAGUGUUUCAUAUAUCGGGAUCGGGAUCGUGUUCCAUACAUUUACUUUAAUUGGAAAGCGAGGGAGAGGGGGGGGGGGGAGGAUUUCAAAGGGUGCACCGAUAUAACAUAACAACUUUUUCCUUACGGUGCAUUUUUGUGAAAUUUACCUUUUCUUCAGCCAAUGGUUCAACAUUCUGAAUCGAGUGCACCGAGCAAAUGACGAAGAACUGAAGGGAAUGCGCGAGGAAUCUGCGAACGUCAAACAUGCAGCGGUAAGAUCUUAGUGUUUUACUAGCGCAAUCUGGCUAAGUUUGUGGAUCAUUGAACACGCAUCAGUAAAUCUUCCUUUACCUUCUCCUUUUUCUGUGUUUAGGGAACCAUCGAUGUGGCCAUGAUCGAGUCCUGCACUCCUGGAGGAGUAGCGAACAAGUAA